AAAGAGACCACGUUUUGUUAUACACCAACCUACCUUCCUGUCUCAAAAACAAUAAACAAUGAAAGAGACCACGUUUUGUUAUACAACAACCUACCAACCUUCCUGUCUCAAGAGUGAAGACGCACGUUUAGGACUUAAUAAUGCACUUUCCACUAUUACUUUAUAUUCGUAAUUAAGAAUUUUAUAUAUUCAUCCUCCUUCUAUAAAGUACUCUGUUUCGUGUUGUGUUUCACUGUAGCACAGAAGCAGAAAACACAAUGGCGACUUCUCUGCAAUUUCUAAACCCUACACUCUUCAAAUCCUUAGCUCCCUCAAACAAAACCUCCUCAUCUCUCUCGCCAUCUCCUUUAUUUCGACUCAAUUCCACCUCCACAGCUUUCAAUUUCAGACCACUUACUUCCUCCUCCUCCUCUUCAUCGGCAGCGAUCAUCACACGCGCCGCCGCAUCUUCCUCUGGAUCAGGCGAGUCACUAACAAGAGAGACAUUUCACGGCCUCUGCUUCGUCUUGAAAGACAACAUCGACACAGAUCAGAUCAUCCCCGCGGAGUACACCACCCUCAUCCCUUCGGUUCCAGAAGACCGCGAGAAGCUCGGCUCUUUCGCGCUUUGCGGCUUACCAGAGUUCUACAACGAUCGUUUCGUAGUGCCAGGAGAGAUGAAGUCAAAGUACUCAGUCAUCAUCGGCGGGGAUAAUUUCGGCUGCGGAUCAUCCCGUGAACACGCUCCGGUCUGCCUCGGUGCGGCGGGAGCUAAAGCCGUGGUGGCGGAAUCUUACGCUAGGAUCUUCUUCAGGAACAGUGUAGCUACAGGUGAGAUCUACCCGUUGGAAUCGGAGGUUAGGAUUUGCGACGAGUGUAAAACAGGGGAUGUUGUUACCGUAGAGCACAAGGAAGACGGUAGUAGUUUGCUGAUCAACCAUACGACCAGGAAAGAAUACAAACUGAAACCACUCGGUGACGCAGGUCCCGUGAUCGACGAAGGAGGAAUCUUCGCUUAUUCCAGAAAAGCCGGCAUGAUUCCUGCUGCGUCCUCUGCUUGAAUGAAUAAUAUUUAAAAAUUCGGAUCCGCUAUUUCUUGCUAUUCGGUUUGGUUUUCAUUGGUUCGAUAACCGGCACUAACCAAAUAAAUUAUAGAGAACCAAUCUCGAAACCCAGAAUAAUUCCUUUUCUUCCACAGUUUGGCUUUGUCUGCCACGUGGAAACAGCGCAUGAAGUUACUAGACCCUUCGUUUUCUUUUUCUGUUUUUUUUCCUUUCACUUAAUGUUUCAGUUUCUUUAGAUACAUUUGCAUGUCCUCUCGAACUCAAAGUUUAAGGUUUAUUCAAUUAUUCUUCUGCUGUUCUGC